UUCGCGUAACUGUAAAUUGUCUUUUAUGUAACUGCCUAUUAAAACUAUUAAAAAGAUUAGAAGGCAUAAAAAUCAACUACUCACUUGACGGACGAUUAAUUUUGUUAACACAAAAAUGUGUUUUCAAUUGUUAAUAAAAAGAAACAAAAUGUGACUAAAAAAUUGUGUUUGAGGUUAUGUUUACAGUGUAGAUUUGUUGUUUUUGAACGUUUUGUCAAGAUGAAUUCCCCAGCUUUGAUAGAUUUAACGAAAAUAUCGAGGAUGUGCAAGGCCUGUUUGAAGGUGGAUGUCCACCUGACAAAACAUCUAUUCGAGCUGACUUCCAAUGGCACAUCCUUAAGCGAAAUGUUCAAAAUUUGCACCAACAUUAGGAUACAAAGUGGGGAGACCACUUUGCCCCAUUCUUUGUGUGUUGGCUGCAUCGAGGACAUGAAAAUAGCUUACAGCUUCAUCAUGAAGUCCAAAAAGAAUGAUUUGUUGUUAAAAAAUUUGAUUGCUGAGUAUGAAGAUGAUGAUGAUGAUCAUGAAGAAGUAAUAGAUAUUGGCAAUAAUGGUUCGUAUUCAGAUUGCCUAUCAGAAGACAGUUGUGGUACUGCCAAAGGUCUCAAAUUGGAAGCAAACAAAAACAAUUUAAUAACAAAAAAGUCGUGCACUCAUUGUUCAUUAGAAUUCACCAAAGAUGAUGAUCUAAAAAGGCACAUUUCUGAUAAACAUGUUGAAAAACCUUUGGCCACAAAACUGAGCAUGCCUGGUUUACUAUGUAAAUAUUGUUCUUUAGAAUUCAAUGAAGACAACGACUUGAAAAAGCACAUUGCCGACAAUCACAUUGAGGGUGCCAUAAGUCCCAGGCCUUAUUUGCUGUGCAAAUAUUGUAGCAAAGAAUUUGACAAAUCCGUCGAUUUAAAGAAGCAUUUAUUGUUAAAUCACUUCGAUGUGAUGCAGCAUCAGCCCGAGCCUAACCCGAAUGGCCCACCAAAACUGGUUCCAAUCCCAAGAUUGUCGAUAACUUGCAAACAAUGCAACAAGGAGUUCAAAGAAGACGUGCACUUUCAAAGACACGUCCUUUUGGAGCACAAUUCGAGCAACAAAGACAUUCCUAAAGUCGUUGCAUCAAAAAAUAAUCCACCUGGUUUACAGCUUAAACCUAAAACUUCCACCAUUUGUAAAUUCUGCAAAAAGAACUUCUAUGAAAGCAAACUAUUAAAGUGGCAUCUCAAUAAGAUGCACAGAGCAGAACUUAAAAUAAAAAAGUUAUGUGAAACAAUAAUAAUUAAAGAUGAUCAAGGGGAAAAAACUACUGAAACUUUAACUGAGAAACCCGAUGGUGUUGGUACAACAAAGGAAAAUAUUGAUGCUGUUAGUGAGAGUACAGAAAAUACAAAAGGGGAUGAAUGUGUUAAUAAAACGGAUGAUCAAGUGGAUAAAACUGGUGAUCAAUUGGAUAAAACUGACGAUAAAGUGGAUAAAACUGAUAAACAAGAGGAUAAAACUGAUAAACAAGAGGAUAAAACUAAUGAUCAAGUGGAUAAAACUGAUGAUCAAGUGAAUAAAACUGACAAUCAAGUGGAAACAAGUCAAAAGAAUGACGACUCAGAGGAGAAUCAACAGGCUGAACCCAAAAAACUUGUUGAAUUAGAAGAAGAUGCAGCGAAUCAAAUACCUUUACUAAUCUGCAAGUUUUGUGAAAAAGAAUAUAAAGAAGAUUUGGACUUAAUGCAACACAUUGUUAAGGAACACAAAGACAGAACAUUCAGAUCAAGUCAACCAGCACCUAAAGUUGAAGUGACCCCUUUGAAGUUCACCUUUAAACUUGAAACCGGCGUUCUGGAGCCUAUAACUAGGGACGAGAAGCCUGUGCCAGUAGAGAACCUGAACUUACCUCCGUUACCUUUAUUGAUUUGUAAAUACUGUGAACAAGAGUUCCAGGAGGACGACGUGUUUAAGCGGCACGUCCUGCAGCAGCACGGCCCGUGCCAGUUCUGCGGCAAGUCCUGCACCCUCCUCUCGGCCCACUACAGCUCCUGCACCAAAUGCGUCGAGUGCAAACGCUGCAAGAAGACCUACACGACGCCGGCGUACAAGAAGCACGUGGACACGUGCAUGCGACAGUGCAAGAUAUGCGGCAAGGUGUGCAAGUCGCCGCAGAAAAUGAGGGCUCACCAGCUGUGGCACACGAAACCCUAUCAGUGCGACGUGUGCGGCAGGAACUUCUCGUCCAAGGCGCUGCUGCGGAUGCACCACACCACACACGGGAAGCCCACAGUGCCGUGCGACGUGUGCGGUAAGAAGUUCAGCAAUGCCAGCUAUGUGAAGCUGCACAAGAAGAUACACCAGCGGGACUAUCUGAAGUGCAACUACUGCGACAGCAAGUUCCUCACGGAGAAGCGGAUGGAGAGCCACAUUUGUUUGCAGAAAAUGUCGUUGGAGAUUCAGGGCAUACCCAUUAAGGAUGACAAUGCCGAAGAGAAGGAGCUCAAAGGUGACAGGUUCCCAUGCGAGUUCUGCGACAAGUUCUACCUCCACAAGGCUACAUUGAAGGCACACGUUGCCAGGGUGCACAUGGGCAGGAUUUUCAAAUGUAAAUACUGCGACAAAGAAUUCAAUGAACGAUACAGGCUGGAGGACCAUGAGAACAAACACACCGGUCAAAACCAGUAUAAAUGCGACGAAUGCGACAAAGUAUUCGUGUGCAAGAAGCCGUACAUGAGGCACCGCUGGACGCACAAGAGACCCCUUUACAGCUGCCAGUUUUGCGACAAAACGUUCCCAUUCAACGACGGCUUGAAACAACACAUGUUCUCGCACAUGAAAGGUUUCCUGUGUUCGGAAUGCGGCAGGGUGUUCUCCAGGGCCAACUCCCUUAGGGAACACAUGAACAAACACAACGGUGUUAAACCGUUCAAGUGUGAUGUGUGUGACCGGGAGUUUUACACUAAGAGUGCAGUUUACGUGCACAAGAAGUUGCACGACAAAGGAAUCAAAUUAAAUUGCGACAUUUGCUCCGUUACUUUUAAAUACAGGUGGCAACGUACCAAGCACAUGAAACGCCAUUUGGAUGAUGGUGUUAAAAUGAAGAGGAAACGCAGGGGAACUAAGAAACAACCUUGUAAAACUGAGGGGCGCCAACACCAAAACAACAAAACUUUAAGAAUUUGUAACAAUAAAAUGGCAGUGCCAAGUUGGCCUAAUAAUAUAAAGCAGUUGUGCUUGGCCUGCUUUAAGAAUAAUAAAAGCAUAAAUGUAUUCGACUACAAUUAUAAUGGGGAAAAAUUAGUUAAAAUAAUAAAAGAUUGUACAGGAAUAUUAUUUGAAGAAAAUGUCCUUACAAUUCCAACUACAUUAUGUGAAGAUUGUGUUGCCAUACUAAAGUUGUUACACAAUUUUAUAUUUAUGUGUAGAAGAAAUGAAAAAAAUAUGAGAGAGUUUCUGACUUGCUCUAAUCCUGCGAAUAAAUCAGAUCUGACUGGAUUAAGUGAAGAUGCUCAAACAAAAGACUUAGAAAAUGAAGAGAAACUAUUACACAUUUUACAUUAUGUUGAGGCAGACCAUGAUUAUAUUAUUAAAAGUAUUGAAAAUCAGGAAAGUGAAAUAAACAAUCAGAUAAUUAUCGAAAACAUGCCAGAAGCUGAAUCUGAUCUAAAAGUCUGGAGCAAAGAGAAACACCGUUGUAAAACGUGUGGGAAGCUGUUCAGCAAUAAAUUUAGCUUAUCCGCCCAUCACAAAUACAUUCACGAGUCCAGACCAUUCUUAUGUUCAGUUUGUGGCAAGACAUUCUCCCGACUGCACCACUUGAACACCCACAUCAGUACCUUGCACAAAGACUCGUCAGAAAAUGGGGAAAAUGCCACGUUCAACUGCAACGUCUGUUCCAAGUCUUAUGCCACUUUGUCUUCCCUACGUGCUCAUACCAAAAUACACACUAAGGGCCACCCAUAUAAAUGUGAAUUUUGCGGUCAUUACUUCAAGUCGAUAUCUAAGAGAGACUCCCAUAAAUGUCCCAAAAAGCUUGUGAUGCAAAUCAAGGGUUUAAUAACCACAACUCCUGAAAUUGCAGAUUCUUUGCCCACAUGUGAUGUUUGUGGAAAGGAAUUCACUGACGACAACCUACUAUUUGAGCACAGAAAGAAGAUGCACAUGGAAGAGGGCGGCCGUUGCGACGUUUGCAAGAAGAAGUUCUCCUGCCACUUUUACCUGAAAAAACACAUGAAACUACACUUGAAGGAAUUGCCAUUCAAGUGUUCAGUGUGUGGGAAAGGCUGUCCCAGUCAGUACGCGUUGGACAGGCACACGAGACGUCACUCGGGGGCGGACUCGGUGACCUGCCAGCACUGCGGCAAAGUACUGUCGCACACGUCCAGUUUGAAGUACCACCUGGCCACGCACGAACAGCCGAAGGACUCCGUGCGGUGCGACAUAUGCGACAAGCAUUUCGCUUCAGAGUCGUUUCUGAAAAAGCACUUGAUAACGCACAACAAGCCGUUCCUGUGCGUGGAGUGCGGCAAGACUUUUGGCAACAAGACUAAGUACACAGAACACAUGAACAGGCACAAGGGGGAGAAGCCGUUCGUCUGUGAUAAGUGCGACAAAGCUUUUUUCUAUAAGUUCUGUUUGAGGAGGCACAAGGAGGUGUACCAUCGACAUUCCGGAAUUGAUGCAGUGGAAGUUGUAAACUGAUUAAAAUUGAUCUACUGUUUAUUAUUUAUUGACCCUAAAAAUUAAUCAUAAAAAUACAUUACUGAAUAUAUUAAAAUAUUCG